AAACAAUCACUACAAAGAAGAAAUAUUUUCUUUUCGGAAGAAGGUCCCCACAAAGCGGCCCUAUUUCUUUACAAUCAAAAAAAGUAAAACAAACCGUAAAGCAAGCAUGUACGCCAGGACAAAUGCCGGGAGUACGCAUGGAGACUUUCAGGACAGAAACGGAGGAAAUUAUGUGACAUCGGCAGAGUCUUUUGGACACUGCUCUCAAUUGUUCUGGAAAAAGGAUCCCAAUGACUCCGGACCGAGUUCGACCAUCAGUUGGUGCGACCAGCUGCCUUCGUCCUCGGCCUCGCUCUCCGCCUCCAGCAUCACCCUGGACUCCCGGGCGGCGGUGGCGUCCACGGGCAUCACGGCGGCGGACAUCGCGGCGGCUGAGCUUGAAUCAGACGAGAGGCCCUACGCCUGCGACCUGUGUAGCUGCGCCUACAAGCACGCCAGCUCCCUGCUGAACCACAAGCUCACCCACAGGACCGGGGACUUCCGAUGCGACUUCUGCAGCAAACCCUACAACAACUACAUGUCGCUGCGCAACCACAUGCGCAUCCACGGCCAGAAGCGGUACGCGUGCGAGCUGUGCGGCAAGGCCUUCCGCCUGGCGCGCUACCUGCGCAACCAUCAGAAGAUCCACGACGACGGGCCCAACCGCUUCGACUGUCCGUCGUGCUGCAAGAGCUUCCGCACUAUGCUCGAGCUCGCCCAACACCGCUGCAACGCGGCGUCAGGCCAGGUGGGUGGGAAGAACCGGUUCAACUGCCCGUCCUGCUUUAAGAGCUACCGAACCAUGCUGGACCUGGCCCAGCACCGCUGCAGUGCCGCUGCCAAAAACCAGCCGGGCGGUCGUCGAACUAACUACUCCGCCCAGCGGCGCCAGCGAGCGCAGCAGCAGCAACAAAAUCAACAACAGCAACAACAACAGCAACAACAACAGCAGCAACAACAGCAGCAGCAGCAGCAGCAUCAGAACAGCAACACUACUCCCAUGAUGCAGCAGCAGCACAGCGGCCACUCCCAGCAGGAGCCCAUGGCCUCUCAUUGUGUGUCCCCCAUGUCCCAGUCAGGGGGCGUGGUCAGCCAAUCCAUCUCGGACCCCCACCAGGGGCGCUCCAGCUCAUCCUCCUCACAGAGCCAGGGGGGCCAGCAGAACAUGAGGAGCAGCUCCUCAAGCAAACACCCUUCCUCGUCCAACACCUCCUCCUACUCUCUGCUCCAGCCCCUGGUGCCUGAGGUAAAGGACAUGGGAUCUGCAUACACUAGACUGAACGCCAGCCAUCCCAUGCCCAAGCACCAGGACGCCUUCUCUCUGGCCCCACAGCGGCCCCUCACCACCAUCAACCCCAUCAGCCACGGGCUCCAUCCGAACGGGGCCCCCACGCUCAAGCCCUCCCCUGUGGCACGCACCAUCCAGGGCAUGCCGUGGGAGCAGCGCUCCCUCUACAACCAAUGAAAGCCCUGAGCCAGCCCCUCCAGCACCGCCCCAAGUGUUGCCGCCCCGCCCUUUCCUAAUGACUCCCACCUCCCUCAUCCCCCCCCACCACCCCCCUCCCCAGGGUCCAGGCUGGGAGAGUUUAAUUAUUUUUUUAUUUUAUUUUAUCUUUUGUUUUAUUUUUCCUUUGCCAGCCGACUUCGGACCUCCCCCCCUCCUCCCCCACAACGCCCCCCCCCCCCCCCAAACUCAGAUGUGGAAGCGGGGCCGGGGGGCACCAUUGAGAACUAGAUGCGAAUGAUUACUGAGUAGUUAUAGGUUUAAAAAUUGUGCUGCCUUGACCCCUCAUGUAUGAUCUAUGCCAUGUACUUGAUAUAAGUUAAAAAUGUCUUUCUCCCUAAACCUUUGACUGAUGGAAAUUUAUACCCAGCUCCCCCCCCUCCCCCCCUUCUCUAGUUAUGUAAAAAAAAAAACGACAAAAAAAACAACAACAUUAUCUGUCCUUUUAUAAAUAGUCUCACCUCUACCAUCGUCCCUAUUUUAUACAUUUUGAAAAUAAUUGUUUUAUUUUUUAAUUUUGGACGACUGAGUGUGCGGAUCUUCUCCUGCUACGUUCAUUCGGACCACCGACGAAGACGAGAGAAACAUGGCUUACAAAUCGUCAUGGAAACGAAUCUGACAAAACUCUGCUGCGCGGCCCGUCGUUCUCUUUUCAGGUUACAGCAAAGAGGAAGAGGAAAUGUGAAAUGUUCUUUGUUUUUUUCUUUUGGUUUUGUUAACUUUUUUAUUUUUUAUUAAUAUUAUCGUCAUAGGGCCCACCCUGAAAUUAGUUUUUGUAUAUUUAACUUGGUCACAUGUGGGUUGAUGUUACCGUCAGAUCUCUCUCUCUCUCUCUCACUCUUAAUCCGUCUCCCAGACUUGCAGGUCCCCUUAUCCCGGAACCGAGAAACCGUUUGAAAGUUCUGCAAUGAUAUUACCUGGACCAUUUGUCAUCCACUGUAAAAAACAAUAUAUUGGAAUUCACGUUUGGGCCUAUUUCCCGAUGAAAAACUCAGUCAAAAAUUCAAAAGCGCCGGUUUUUAAAAACCGGUUCAGAUGCGACUGUGAACUGAUCACAUUGGCACAUUUCCCAACCAAACUGGAAAUGAAUAUCCUACCGGGUUUUCUGGUUAGUGUAAUCCAGACAUAAUGCUACUGUAAUUUUGAUAAUCUGUUUGAUAAACCUGUUGGAUUGUGCUAACCCCUCCACACUCUUCAAGACGACCAACUGAUUAAAGGUUGGGUAUGGGAUUUGUGAAACGCCAGCAGAUUUUGAAACACACAACUCAAAUGGUCCUACCCCCUCUCCUUCCACGCUGACUCUGACUCCACCCAUUCCAAGUACAUGGACGCGCAAUCAUGCACGAGCGCGAACACAGAUGCGCGAGAGGGAGGCAUUAGCUAGUUAGCUAGCUCAAGUUGCUACCGCAGGAUGACAACAAACAGCAGCUUGCUCUGGGUCACGAUAUUUGAGUACGUGCACGAAGGGGUCGCGCACGGGGAGCGGGGGAGGGGGAGUGCAGUACGACCGUUUGAUUGACGUACUUACUGUCCAAUGCCACUCGGUGGUUCUGGAAAUCAUUGGCUGGAGUUUUUCGAGCCCUGCCCGUUCCACAGAUGAUUGACUUGUUUAAUUUUCAUGUCAGUACUUCUAACUCAGUGGCUGUAAGUGGGUUACGAUAAAGAUUUCAAGUAAUUUAGCAAAAAUGGCCAAAAAAGAGAAUUCCAUACCCAACCUUUAAGUGUUAGUUUCUUCAUUUUGUUACUUGAAGCACUUUGUUUUUAUAAAUAAAUAGUGCACGUUAAUUAUGUCCCCCCACACACACGCAUCCAUGAGCGGUUUUGCCCUUGGAUAUUUAAUAUUUACCCUUAAUAACGAAAAUGUUUUAAAUCACAAUUGUGGACAGUGACAUGCACAGCUUUAAUGCAUCGAGUGGACACAUGAACUUGCAUUGUGCUGUGAUGUCAUACCUUCUGAGAUGACAUUGCGCUACCUGGCCUAUGGGUCUCCAGAGCCGUUGUCCCCCCUUGUCUAGGCCCAGCCUAGAGUCGGUCAUUAGUGGGUUCAUUCAUUCAUUUUUUCAUUUUAUUAUUUUUAGUUGCUUAACUACACCAUGCCAGCAGUUCCUCGCUCUCCGAGUGGUCUUUGUUACAGCAAACCAACAGGGUGUUACAAAAACCAGGUAAAUAUUGAAGAUUGGAACAGAAAUGUUGGGGGUGGGGGGGGGGGGAUAUUUAAGUUGUCGGUCCAAAUGUGAGUUGAUUAUCAUAUCCAGCCAAUGUUCGGCGUUUGAUUAAUUAUAAUGUACAAUUCAAAAAAAAAAAAAAAAAAAAGAUAAGGUUAACUUGGCGACCCUGCUUGUUGAAAUAACCACAAGUCUACUGACAAUGUAUUUUUCUCUUUUUAAAAAGUUAUUUUUAUUCACAUUUUCAUUGUUGCUUUCUCUCUCCUUGUAAAGUGUCUUUGAGUAUUAGAAAAGUGCUAUACAAAUAAAAUGUUUUAUUAUUACCACA